UAUAUUUAGAUGCAUGCAAUCCAUAGGACAGGCGAGACUGGCUAUAUGUAUAUGGAGUGGUAUAGUGGGUAUACAUAUAUAACUGGCAACGCCGUUUACAAACUGUAUGUGUCAUACACUGUUACACCUGGUUUAACAUUCAGCAUUAUCGACAUUUUUAUCUGCCAAUUAUUACUGUCAACAUAACGUGAAGGCCCUUUGUGUUCUAUAGACUGUGACACGUCUGUAUCGAGAAAGGAGGAAAUAUAUAUCGACCGUGUUUAAUCCUUACAUUUCUACUUCUGUGAAAUAUCUAACAUUAUUUUAAUCAUGAUGGUGUAUGGCAUCCAAAUAAUCGAGGGGAUGAACACAUACCAUUAUAAUCGGGAUUGGAACAUCGCUACAAAAAAAGAAAACCUGGACUAGUGACCAGCAUACAGUACCAGUGCUGCUAUGGGGUCAUAUAUUUCGUCUUUACCUGUAAACAGGGAAAGUUUUUCUCCUGAGGAUAGCACCGCCUUAGUUCUUCCAGCUGACGUUCGGGGGCCUAAGGUAUUCGUCGUUUAUCAUGACCAUGACUUGGAGUUUGUCAAAAAGGAGUUGAUGCCCCUCUUAACAGACGACGGCAUAGAAUGUUUCACACUUGAAGACAACUUUGUAGAACAGAGAAUAUUCCAUAACUUUGAAUAUCUUUUAGAUCAUACUGAUAAAAUUCUGUUCAUGCUGUCUAUUCCAUUUAGAAAUCACUCCAUCCUCUCAUACUUUCCAUCAUUAGCUUUACGUCGGGUAUCGAAAAGCAACGUUGUUUGUUUGCGUUUAAACAGUUCUCUUUUCCUUGAAGAUGACCUGGCCUGUCUUGCAUCUACAAAGAUAGUAGAUUCCGAACAUGAUGGAUGGCAGGUACACUUGAUACGGCAUUUACGUUACAAGCAGCCAUCCUUUAGUCAUUUUCUUGGGGCUACGAAUGUAACACAAAGCCUACAUCAGCAUGGCUUGGAUCUUCCUUUGAUGUUGUUCAACGUUUAUGGUGUCAUCGUGGAGAUUAAUAGCGAAGUCCUUCGUAUAGAUAUGGACGAAUUUCUAAAGCACAGUCAGAAACAUAGUUCUUUGGGUAUUACUAAAGUGUGCGGCGAAUGUUCUAUGUUAUGUACACCCAAUACAACGGUUAGUCUAAUUUACGACAAAGAUACAAUCAAAACUAAUAUUGACCUUACGGAAUUCGAUAGUGCUUUCGCUUCUCUUUGUGGAAAUAUAAUGGACGUUUCUACUCUCCGACGGGCAGGAGUAGUUUUUAUUCUCGGGUGCACGUUAAACGGUCGCCUUUCUGAUCAGGAUUACAUCAGACAGUUAUGGAUUAAAACAAGGUACCAGAUCACUACCGAGAAGUCACCGAACCAUGCCAUCAAAUUCCCUGAUUAUGCCGACGAAAAAACGCGAUAUGAUUCAUUUCCGGUAUUCCAUGAAAAUGAUCUGGUUCCAAAGACAGAAUCACUUGCCAAAGCAGGAUUUUUCUUCAGUGGGGCACCUCUGUUUACUACUUGUUUCGCAUGUGGAAGAUUCGUGAUCAGCUGGCGACAGGAUGACAACCCCUGGGUCACGCAUGCUGCACUCAAUCAGCUGUGUCCUUUUGUCAGGCAGAAUCAGACAGACGAUUUUAUCAAAAAUGCAAAAACGUCAUUUCGAAAGGGCAAAAAUCUUGUUAAUGAGACGUAUAGGACUUUUGAAGCUAGAGUAAAAUCAUUUGAAUCAUUUUCCCUUGAAAAAAUGCCAGAAGGCAGCGCACAGUCGUUUGAUAGACAGAAGCUGAUCAAUGAAAUAGCAGAGGCUGGGUUUAACUAUACGGGGUGUGGUGAUGCCUUUACGUGUUAUUCGUGUGGUUUGGUACUGACCUCUAUAAAGCAUGGUCAAAAUGUGAUGGCAACGCAUGCUUGGCUCUCACCAUCUUGUGCACACGUGACGUCUGUCAAAGGCAUGGACUAUAUCGAUAGUAUUCUGCAGACUGCAGCUCAUGCCUCUCCGAGAACGGUAGUGUCGUUUAUGAUAAAAAAACUGGAUAAUCGUUUAAUCAAACAUGAAAAUGUGUUUUUAUUUCCUCCUUCACAAUCCAAGUCGUAAUUAUUCUCAGAAUUGUGAAAUUAGGAUAUCUCAUUCUCAUUAUUGUUCAUAUCUGUUUGGUUUCAACAAAAGCGUGAUACCUUAAAAUAUGUUUUUCAUUUGCAAAGUUUAUUAAUCACCUCAUUUUUAUUUACUGUAAACGUGGAAAUUUACGCGAGGGGGAAUAUACGCUAAUUAAGCGGAGUCCUUUUGUUCGCGAAAAUUUCCCCCAUGCGUAUAGUUUACAUUUUACAUGUAAUAUCUAUUUACGAAGUCUCGAACUACAAACGAAGGUUGAUCGAUCACGAAAAGUACCCCACGCGUAUAGUUUACAUUUUGAAAUUGCGAAAUUAACCCACCGCGAAAAUAACCACGUUUACAGUAAUUAAACUUAUUUGGAGGUCUAACUGAAGAAAAAGAAAUUCCUUAAUUGGAUUAAAUUUAUAAAGGAAUAUAGCUAGAAAUCUUCGUGGUUCUGACAACGUGAGUGACUGUUCAGGAGGGUGCUUCAAAAAGGUUUGCUAACGAAGGAUCAGUUAAGAUAAGGUUAUAAAAAAAACGAUUACUCUGUUAAAUAAUCAUUGCAACAAACUGCAUCAACGUGUUACAUACAAUGUUAAAGUUUAUCUAAUAACAACAAACUAUUGAUCUGUACUACAAACCUUUUAUUACCUAUAUCACGUCAUUUGUGGAUUUGCGUUUCGGUUGUCAUUAUUGAAGUAUAAAACGCUUACGCUUGCGGAACAUUUAGUCCCAGCUUCAUCUUAAAGCUUCACCUUAUCUUAAAGACUUUCUGUAAUGUUAAAUUAUCCAUAUGAAAGCCUUGUAUUAUUAAACGAAAAUUCCUGAACUAGAAGACUUUUCCCCCAACUAAAUUCUUUCCUAUGGAUUUGUUUUCUAUCUUUUCUUUUUUUGUUUGUUUUUUGAUAAGAGAGUUCCUUAGGUGAAGGAAAGUUGAUAGAACCGGAUUCUGGUCAUAUAGUCAUUGUAAUUUGUCAUGCAAAUCUAUUCAACUAUACUUGGUUGUAUGUUACCUUUUAUGUGAUCAAUUUUGAGUAAGAUUUACUAUCUAGUUUUUUUAUGAUUACAGUAUUUUAUUUUGUUGUGCUUAACUUGUCGCUCAGUAAUAAAUCGAAAAUUGUAUUUCCAUUGUUAGUGUUAGUAAAAUAACUUAAUAAUUAUUGAAAUAAAAACAUGUCGCAAGUGC